AGGUAGCCAUGAACAAACACACUGACCUUUAACCUGAAGCAGCUGUUGUGAUUGACAGUGAUUUAUUUUAGAAAUCAUUGAUAAAUCACUGAUAACGUUGCUGCUUUUGUGGAGUUUCUUUUCCUUGAUUGUGAAUCAGGUGGACAACACAGGGAAGCUGGAGUUCCAAGAGUUUAAGGUGUUCUGGGAAAAGAUGAAGAAGUGGAUUAUGCUUUUCCUGUCCUUUGACACUGACCGCUCAGGAAAGAUGUCGUCCUACGAGCUUCGCAUCGCCCUCAAGGCUGCAGGCAUGAAUCUGGACAACAAACUGCUGCAGUUGGUCGGCCUCAGGUUUGCUGACGAAAACUAUGACAUCGACUUUGACGAUUAUCUCACCUGCAUCGUCCGUCUGGAGAACAUGUUCAGAGCUUUCCAGGCUGUGGACGAGUUCAAGAGGGGGCGUGUCAGAAUGAACAUGAUGCAGUUCCUGAUGUUGUCGAUGAACGUCUGAGGAGCAGAGGAGAGCAAACAGAAGCCACCAGAAGAACAAAACACAACCGACGGUCUUUAAAGUGCAGUGUGUUGAAUAUUCAGGCCGUGAUGACACAAACACGCGUUACCUUUUUCUUUCUUUUCCUUCAUGCAUCACAUUGUUUUGACGUUACACUUGAAAUGCCAUUAAAAUGCCACCUGUGCCCCCUGCUCGGGUCAGUCAUGUGACAUCCUGCCUGUGGGAGAUCCGGAUGCAGGGAACUGAAAA